AUGGGUUUAUGCGACGCUACAGGUACAUUGAAAUGUACUAGUACAACAGGAAACAAACUGUCAGAAAGAUACGUAACAGGCAAAAAGCUAGGUUCUGGUACCUAUGGUAAAGUUUACCUAGCCACUGACAAAAUGUCUGGAGAGCGUUAUGCAGUCAAAAAAGUGAACGUGUUUGGUUCUGAAAAAUCCAUACAUGCUUCAACAAUGAGGGAAAUUGGAAUUAUACUGGAGCUCAAUAACUUUAACUGUGAUAAUAUUAUCAGGAUACAUGAAAUUUUGCAUAACAAAAGUCAAAUUUACAUUGUUUAUGAACUUGCAGACUGGGAUCUAAAGGAUUUUAUCCACAGGUUUGCAGAUGUUACUCUAGAAAAUAAUUUACCCUGUCAAUGCUUACCAAGUGACAUUGCUAAGUCAUUUGCCACUCAAAUACUCGACGGACUGAUCGUUUGUCACAAGCACCGUGUAAUUCAUAGAGAUUUAAAACCCUCAAAUAUUUUGAUAACAAUCCAUGGUAUUGUAAAAAUAGCUGAUUUCGGACUUUCUCGAACAACUUCAAUACCUCACCGCACAUUGUCUCAAGAAGUAAUUACACUGUGGUAUCGGGCUCCCGAAAUCCUUCUUGGAACAAAGAAAUAUAGCCAUUCAAUUGAUAUUUGGAGCUUUGGAUGCAUAUUAUAUGAAAUGGUUCAAGGGAAGGUGUUAUUUCCUGGUGAUUCUGAAAUAGAACAGUUGUACCUUAUAUUUAGAAAGCUAGGAACUCCAACAUCCCGAACUUGGGACAAUGUUGAAGACUUACCAAAUUUUAACAAAGAAUUUCCUAAGUUCAAGCCCCUCGGAUUUGAAGAAGAAAACUUUAAUGUCAGUUGGAAAAGUAUAGUCCAGAGAACGGUCAAUCUCAACCCGGAAGAGAGGUGUUCCCUUGAAUGGAUACGAGAAAACACGUUUCUGCGCGAAAAACGGAUCAUAUCCCUAGAGACUUACAUUAACAGAAGAAAAUAA